AGUAGUAGUAGAAGAAGAAGAAGAAGAAGAAACUUCGUUUCCGGGUUCGGCUCCCGCACGCUGGCAACCCUCACAACACGUCCGCGUGCGAGAGCCCGAAGCCGGCCGCAUCACCGCCGAAGAGUCCGCGCGUCGUGGAGUGUGUCCUGCUGCACGGGGAUGAAGAACAGAGGUGUUUGUCUGGACAGUCGGCUCAGACCGCGAGUGGAGCAGUAUCUGGCGACCUGCUCCAGUGAAUAUGUGGACAUUUCAGCCUUGGCCCUGGAACUUCAAAGGCUGUACAGAAUGGAGUACGGCAGAAGAAACAAGAACGCUUUCAGGAUUCAAGUAGAGAAAGUGUAUGACGCAAUUAUGAAGGACUCUGGGCUCACUGACCUGGAGAGCAAACACUUGGCUAAGAGAGCCAAGCACAGCCACAAUGACACCGGGGACGAUGGCAGCAGCUCGGACCAGUCCUCCGACAGCGAGGAGCAGCCUGUGGAGAAUCCUCCCACCAACCACAUGAACAGCUCCCUGACGUCUCUGUACCGGAAGGGCCUCCCCGAGCCCAACGACGGUCCGCCUGCCGCCGGCGGUCCUGCUGACUCGGGCACGCUGGUUUCCACGGGAGGCUGGUUCAUUGAUCGAGGCAGAGGACCCGGGAAGAGCAACAUCCUCAUCGACCUGUGUGACGAGGAGCCAACUGAUGCAUCCGUGAACCAACAGGCCGAUGUGUCCAUGCUGGAGCCGGCGCCAUCCUCCAAAAAGUUGAGGAGAAAGAAGAAGAAGGAAUCCUCUGAAUCGACAGACCCUCCGAUGCUCAAUAAGAAAGCAAAAUCCAAGUCACUAGAGCUGCAGUAUCCAACUCUGAAGUUUGAAGACGUCGGCGGCAAUGAAGCGACGUUAACGGAGGUGUGCAGGCUGCUGAUCCACAUGCGGCACCCGGAGGUGUAUCAGAAGCUGGGGAUGGUUCCUCCGAGGGGCUUCCUCCUCCACGGCCCCCCUGGCUGUGGGAAGACCCUGCUGGCCCAGGCUGUGGCUGGGGAGCUGCAGCUGCCCAUGUUGAAGGUGUCUGCUCCAGAACUGGUAUCGGGAGUGUCCGGAGAGUCUGAACAGAAGCUCAGAGAGCUGUUUGACCUGGCGGUGACCUCUGCCCCGUGUAUUCUUUUCAUUGAUGAAAUCGAUUCCAUCACCCCCAAGAGAGAGGUGGCCUCUAAGGACAUGGAGAGGAGGAUUGUAGCCCAGCUGCUAACGUGCAUGGACGACCUGAACAGUCUGACCGUGACCGCUCAGGUUCUGGUCAUCGGUGCCACCAACAGGCCGGACUCCCUGGACCCGGCCCUCCGCAGAGCAGGGCGCUUUGACCGAGAGAUCUGCCUCGGGAUCCCCGAUGAAGCGGCUCGUCUCAGGAUCUUGCAGACGCUGUGUCGGAAGCUGAAGCUGCAGGAGGACUUUGACUACCAGCAGCUGGCCCGGCUGACCCCCGGCUACGUGGGUGCCGACCUCAUGGCUCUGUGCCGUGAAGCCGCCAUGAGUGCCGUCAGCAGGGUCCUGCUGGAGAUGAGAGGGCGCCGCCAAAGCCACGGCUCGACUUUAGCGCCGUUAACGGGCCCCGUUCAGGCAGACGGAGAGGCAACAGACGUCGCCCCUGUGCCCCCACAAGGGUCUGCACAGACUCCCCUGCAGCAGGGGGAUCUGUGGCACCUCCUGCAGUUGUUGAAGAACACUACAAGUCUAUCAGAGGAGGAGCUGGCUGGUCUGUCCAUCCUCAUGUCAGACUUCCUGGCCUCUCUGUCCAGUGUCCAGCCCUCCGCCAAGAGGGAGGGCUUCGCCACCGUGCCUGAUGUCACCUGGGAGGAUGUGGGGGCCCUGCAGGACAUCAGAGAGGAACUCACCAUGGCCAUACUGGCUCCAGUGCGUUCCCCAGAGCAGUUCAAGGCGCUGGGCCUCAGUGCUCCAUCUGGUGUGCUGCUGGCUGGACCUCCGGGAUGUGGGAAAACCCUGCUGGCCAAGGCAGUGGCCAAUGAGUCAGGCCUCAACUUCAUCUCUGUCAAAGGUCCGGAGCUGCUGAACAUGUAUGUGGGAGAGAGCGAGCGGGCUGUCCGGCAGGUCUUCCAGAGGGGACGCAACUCGGCUCCUUGUGUCAUCUUCUUUGACGAGAUCGAUGCUCUGUGUCCUCGCCGCUCAGGCCACGAGUCGGGGGCCAGUGUGCGCGUGGUCAACCAGCUGCUCACGGAGAUGGACGGCUUAGAGACUCGACGGCAGGUCUUCAUCAUGGCAGCAACCAACAGACCAGAUAUAAUCGACCCCGCCAUACUGAGGCCUGGUCGUCUGGAUAAGACCUUGUACGUGGGGCUGCCGCCUGAGGCCGACCGCCACGCCAUCCUGCUCACCAUCACCAAGGGAGGGACCAAACCUCAGCUGGAGCACGACGUCUGCCUCAAAGAGAUCGCCUUCGAUGAGCGCUGUGAUUGCUUCAGUGGAGCUGACCUGACUGCGUUGGUGAGGGAAGCAUCUGUUAAUGCCCUGAGGGGCUACCUGAAGUCUCAGCCCCCCCAGGCUGCUUCUACCGGCCACACGUUCUCUUCUGACUCAGUCGCUGACCUCAGAGUGAGCAAACAGAACUUUGACGACGCCCUCAAGAAAGUUCGUCCAUCUGUGUCCAAAAAGGAUCAGAGGAUGUACGAGCAGCUCAGAGAAUCCCUCAGCAGAUAACCAAGACCAGCAGCAGUUGAACUCUGACCCUGGUCACACAAAAACCACGUAUGUGGAUACAUGGUAACGCUGAUUCUUGCUUUCAUAAUAAAAGUGUGUGUAGAAACCAUC